AUGGAUGUUGACUGUUCAAAGCAAAGUUCGAGCAAAAAUACCAAAGAUGAUGACAGCGUUAAGAAUAAAAUUCAUAUUUGGGCUAUUUUUAUUGUUUUCGCAGCCUUUUUUUCUAACAUAAUCCUUGACGGAAUCAUAUAUACAAUGGGCAUGAUUGAAGACGAAUUGUUAGUGGAAUUCAAUGAGAGUAAAUCUUUUACAUCGUUGGUGCCAUCGAUUAUGAGUGGCAUGGAGCUGUGUGUAGGACCACUGGCUUCGUUUCUAAUUAAUAAAUAUAGUUGCCGGACUGUAGCUAUUAUUGGCUCAAUAUUAGGUGCUGUCAGUUUUGUCAUUAGUGGAUACAUGCAAAAUAUUUUCUCACUUAUUUUAACUGUUGGUCUAGGUGUUGGCACUGCGCUUGGUUUUAUUUACAUAGCAGUAAUUGUUAGUUUGUUGACAAACUUUGAUAAAUAUCGGUCCGUCGCAACAGGUUUUGCAUUAUCGGGCACUGGCGUCGGUUCUACAACAUUUGCACCACUGGUUGCCUUUCUCAUCGAAAAAUUUGGCUGGCGUGGAUGCCUAAUGACACUUGGUAUAAUUUUAUUGAAUUGUAGUUUAUUGGGAGCCUUUUUUCGACAACCUAAAGCAUCAAGAAAAAAUCAGAAUUUAAAUAAUAUUUCAGAAGAGGAGAUAUCUCAAGCCAAGCAAGACAGCACAAUAAACAAUGAAUUUGAGAACCAAAAGCACCAUAAUUAUUUGGUCGCUGCAUUGGAAAGCAUUAGUAAAUUUAUGAAUUUAAAUCUAUUAAAAAAUCCAGUCUUUAUCCUAUUCAUCGUAUCAGAUUUCUUGACCAGUAUGUGCUUAUAUGUGCCGUACUAUUCAUUGCCUUCUUAUGCCAACACACUGGGCACGAAAGAAGAUGGUCCACGAAUAUUGAUGAUCACUGGCAUUAUGAAUAUAUUGGGUCCGUUCGUCAUAGGAUACAUAUCCAACAAAUCAUCAAAUCGUCUUUGGAUUUACAUUGCUUGUCUCAUUAUUUGUAGUAUAGCAAUUGCAGUCUUCGUCAUUUGUUCCAAUUUCCUUUCGCUUGCCAUUUGUUCAGCGGUCUUUGCAUUUAACAUGGGUGCCUGUGUUUCAUUGCGAUCGGUGAUACUGUCCGAUUUAUUGGGCUUGAAGAAUAUCGAAAAUGCAUUCGGUUUGUUACUUUUGUUUGAAGGGAUUGGAACUUUCAUCGGACCACCUAUUGACGGAUUCCUUCACGACUUGUCGAAUUCAUACACGCCUGGCUUUCUCUUCACGAGUGUAAUAAUCGCAUUUAGUGGUUUCAUUCUAGUGCCCAUGCCUGCAUUAGUGAGCUACGUUAAAAAGAAACAUUUACGACAUGGAAAUUUAAAAGAGGAAAAAACCAAACUAUUGAAAAUGGCUAAUGAUGAGAAAUCCCAACAAAAAUCUGAUGGAAAAAUUGAAAAUGGCAAUACUGUACAAGAACCAUCCAGCCCGAUAGACGGUGGAUGGGGUUACGUUAUUGUUGUUGCAUCUUUUGUUAUUAAUUUCAUAUCCGAUGGAAUCGUGUGCUCAUUUGGCCUGAUUUAUAUUCAGCUAUUGGAAGAGUUCAAUGAGGGCAAAGCUUACACGUCGAUGAUUUUGAGUAUAAUGAGUGGAAUGGCAUUAUGUGCAGGCCCCAUUUCAUCAAUUUUUGUAAAUAAAUAUGGUAUUCGUGCUGUGACCAUUGCUGGGUCAAUAUUGGCUGCGCUUAGUCUCUUUGCAAGUUCCUAUGCAGAAAACGUAUUUACACUUAUUAUAACGAUUGGAUUCUCAUUCGGAUUUUCAUUGGGUUUGGUGUAUUUGCCUGCCAUCGUUUCAGUUACGACGUAUUUCGAAAAAUAUCGUUCGAUUGCUACUGGAAUAGCAGUUGCUGGUAGUGGCUUAGGAACUUUCGUCUUUGCACCACUUGUCGAAUUCUUGGUCCAAGAAUAUUCGUGGCGAAAAACACUUAUGGUCUUGUCUGGCAUUGUACUCAAUUGCGCUUUAUUUGGUGGUCUAUUUCGACCGUUACCACCUUCAACAAACACCAAUUCAAAGUCCGAGCAGUACAGCCCGAAAAAAGACCAAAUUACUGAGCUUGAGUCUCAACAGAAUAGUAAUCAUGAGCAUGGUCAUGUGAAGCUAAAAGAAAUGUGUUGCACACAUCUCACCGUAAAGAUUUAUAAAAGUUGUAUAAGUUUGUUGAGUUUGGAAUUGCUAAAGGAUCCAGUUUUUAUUCUAUUUGCGGUAUCAGAUUUUACCAAUGCAUUGGGCUAUUAUAUUCCAUUUUUUUGCAUCGUUGAUCACGCAACAGAACUUAACAUUUCGAAAGAUCAAGCGAGUUAUUUAUUAUCUAUUAUUGGUAUUGCGAAUACAUUGAGUCGAUUGAUUAUGGGAUAUAUAUCCGACAAAUCGUGGGUUGAUCGCCUUUGGUUAUACAAUAUAAGUCUCGUCAUUUGCGGUUUGGCAACCGUUGCUUCAGUAUUAUGCACAAACUUUUACGAACUUUCGAUUUACGCAGCUGUUUUUGGAUUCAGUAUUGGAGCUUAUGUGGCACUAAGAUCGGUCAUUCUUGUCGAUUUAAUUGGCCUUGAGAAAUUGAAUAAUGCUUUCGGUUUGCUCAUGCUAAUAGAAGGGAUUGCAACAUUUAUUGGUCCACCGCUCGUUGGAUGUCUUUAUGACAUUUUACAUUCGUACACGCCUGGUUUCCUUUUGGCCGGAUUGACAAUCGCACUAAGUGGAUUCAUUCUCUUCUUUAUGCCGUCAUUGCUGCAAAAUAUUUCACAGAAGCGUCAACAUGAUAUGGAAAUGAGCUAAUAAUAGACAUAAUUUCAUCAUAUUGUUUCUAAUUUUAGUAUUUUAUAAUUGAUUCUUUAACUUGUGAUGCAUAUACGCAUACGCGAUAUAAAUAAA